ACAGUGAGGCUUCCUGUCAGCCUCAGUCAGAAGCUGUGGUUACAAGUGGAAAAUGUCACUGGGCAAGAUGGAGGAGAAUGAGGAGAAUAGGGGACGAGUGCAAAUGUGAGAAGGCGUAGGUCAAGAGAGACAGAACAUGAGAGACGGGCGAUCACAUGAGAGAGUGAGACAGUGAUGAGGAGCAAAGAGAGAGAGAGAGAGAGACAGCAGGAAGUCUAAAUUCAUCUGUCCAUCACAGGAGACCAUGAGGACCUGCAGCUGUCCUCACUGAGGGAGAUCAGCAAGUCACAUCCAUGGAUAUCCUGUGGUUCUUUUACGUCCCGCUGCUUCUGUUUUCAGUGCAGACUGGCCACUCUCAGAGACACCAACAAGGACUGUCGUGUGUAAAUGACUUCGUCAACAAUGUGAGCUGCACGUGGAACAGCUCGGCUCUGGGUCCUGGGGUGGACUGCUGGAUCUCUGGGGCCAAGAAAACCUGGAUGAUGAAGAAAGGUGGUAAAGAUGGCACUUUACUGAUCCGAAGAUGCAAGUUGAAGCAGCUGCAGAAUUCUCCACCAGGUUGCAGUUUUGUCUUUGAAAAUAAAAGAUUCACCAGUGCAGAAGUCAUGCCCAGCAUCCGCAUAGAGUGCAACGGGAUGCUGGUGGAGAACCUGACAAACUACAAACCGUGUCACCACAUUAAAAUGCAUGCUCCCAGCGCCCCCAAUGUCAGCAGCAGCAUCAAUGGGACCUUGAUAUUGUUGAGUCCAGGCAGCCCUCGAUCCAGUUUCUUCAAAUCCUUUGACUUUCAAGUUCAGAUCAAAGAGAAUCACCGCACAUGGAAUGAAGCCACCACGCUGCACACACACAAACAGGAGCUAACAAUACCUUCUUGGCAAAUGAAGGGGCACAGCCAGGUCAGAGUGAAAAUCAGGCCCCCCGAGAAUCUUUAUCCAGAGGCCAGCUGGAGCAACUGGAGUCCAGCGGCAUCCUGGCAUCCAGCGCUGGAGGACAAAGUUUAUGUGUACCAUCUAGAUCAGACUUCGUGGUUACUGUUGGGUUUGAUGCUCAGCUCAGCUCUCUUCAUUGCUGUAUUGUUGGGCCUUUACCGGAGUUUCUCCAGCAGGGUACUUCUCAUAGAGAAACAUGUACCAAAUCCUUCCAAAUACUUCCACACACUUCACUCAGUCCAAGGAGGAAAUCUAAAGAAAUGGCUCAAUCCCCAGUCAGCUUCUGGAUCAUUUUUUGCCAUCCAGCCCGUCGACCACAUCUCCAAGGUGGAGGUGUGCAAAGGCUGGGAUAUGGUCCCCUCCACCUCCUCCUCCUCUGGCUCCACCACGGCCCUGCUUCACUCCCACUCGAGCGGCCCCGGUGGCGGCACAAACACCAGCGGUGUGGGCGACCAUUCCUUCUCGUCGUCCUGCUUCUCCAAAACAGGCUACUUAAUGUCCAGCUACUCCAGUGGCUCUGUGCGAGCGGACCCCAGCCCUGCUCACUUCACCUAUCAGAAUGAUUUCAAACUCCAGCACAAUGGCCACAACCUUCACUUCUCCCUCUUCUCCCCGCUGCACAGUUCAGGAAACUAUGAACUCUUAAAGAAGGAGCCACACAGUCCAGACUCUGGCUUUGGUGGUGCUGCAGAAGAAGACGACAACACUGUAGAAGACAAUGACGUGGACGUCCAGGAGGAGUCUCCUCCCCUCAUCUUCUAUCUCCAUGACCCUUCCCACAUGUGCCCCGUGUCCUUGCUUCCACCCCUUCCUCACCCACCCAGUCUAACUCAGAUACACUGUGAUAGCCAGCAGAUGGCCGAUCCUGUAGCAGCUCCUGGCUGUAGUUACACAGCCUGGCCUGUGGCUGGCGCAAUGUGCAGGUCUUCUUCUAUGCCAGUUGAGUCAUGUAAAACAGGAUAUCUCACCCUCAAAGAGCUGCAGACAACCUUCAGCAAUAAAUCCAUCUGACAGCUCACAAAGCAGCUGAAACAUCAGAGCAUCAGUACCUUAAAGCUACAGUGUGCAGGAUUUAGGGGCGUUUAUUAGCAGAAAUGGAAUAUAGUGCUGAUAAUCAUCUGCUAAUCACCUGUUUUUCAUCAGCUUAGAAUGAGCCCUUCAUAUGUACAUGUGAGCAUGUCGCAAAAGAAGAAAAAGUGUGAAGGGAAACAAAGCUGUGAUCAGGGAUGAAAUAAUGUAGUCUGCAACCUCACCACUGGAUGGCAAUAAAUCUGACACACUGUUGCUUUAACUUAAAGGGGUCAUAUUAUGUAAAUUAUUUUUUUCUGCUACCGUAGCAGUGACAUUUUUGGAAUUUCAUGUGCAAACCUCCACAUUCCUGCAGUUCAUUAACAGGGAUGCUCAAUAUUUGAAGUCAGAGGGGACGUGACCAGUAGCAGCAGCUCCUUUCCAUUUAAAGCAACAGACAAAGAAACAGGUUCUUUCUUCAGCUACAUUUACUGCAAAAAUACAGUUAAUAUUCAUUAAAAUCAUAAGCACAUUCACAAUGUAGAACUAAAAAGAGCUGCAUGCAAAUAAAAGAUCCAAACCAGGCUGUAUAUUUGCAGAAGUUUCAACUUAACCGUAGAGGUCAAAGCCAUUUUUAGGAUGUUUCCCUGUGUGUCUAUAUGACCGUUUCCACAAACAAACUUUACUCUGUUUUUAAUAUGACCCCUUUAAAUCAAUGUUCACAUUACUAAACAGCUGAUUGAUUGUUUUAUUCUGACUGAUUGUUGAUAUAAGAAGCUCCAACAGCAAGAAUUUCAUGUUUUUUUAAGUGAUUUUCACAAACAAAAGUAAUGUUUCUAACCAAUUGUAUGUUUUUCAGCUUUGAUAAGAUAGCUUUAUUCUAACCAUUAAUUGCAGAAAAAGUGAUCAUGAAAUAGUGCUAAUCAAAAAUGAGUUGUAUUUUCCAGUGGCUCUGGGGAAAAUGUUCAGUACUAUACAAAAAACAAAACAAACAACAACCACAACAAAAAAAACAGGUAUAAUGACUAAACUUUUUAAAAAUCAUGAAGGUGCCUCAUAUGUACAGAAAAGCAUCACUGUGAAAAAAAUUUCCAAUAACAACAAUCACUCAGAGAAUGAAGUAUUGGCACCUUGCAUGUUGGACACCAAGACAUUCAAAGUAAUUACGAUUCAGUGAAACCUUAAAAUGUUUCUAUGUUUGAACCACUUUAACUUUAAACAGCACACGACCCCUCCACCAUGUUUUAAUCUAUAUUGGCUUCAAACAGUUUUUUGACCUUUGCAUAUCACCCAAAGUCAAAGAUCAUGUACAGAAGAAAGAUGAUAUAUGACUUUAUAUAUGUGUUGGAUAGUAACCAUAGAUGUCUCAUUAAUCAGUUUCACUAAAUAGCAAUUGGAAAUAUAUACUAUAAUUAAAGAAAUUUAGACCUUGUCUAUGAUCUUGACCU